UUAUUUUCCUACUUCAUCCUUCUCUUCCACCACUUCUAACGCCUCUCUCUACUACGAAACCUGCCGUCCACCCACCACGUACGUACACAUACACGAUGCAUCAUGCCGUCUUUGCUGCCGAAUAAUUUCCCUUCACAGCCGUACUGUACCGUUGCGCAAACAGCUAGAGAGCCGCUAACUAAUCCUUUCCUGCCACAUCACCCGUCGCCUCGUCACAAUUCGCGGUUUUGAUCUCACUUGCCAUUCCCUUCAUACCUGCCUAUGCCUGUACGUAGAUAAUAUCUUUCGUCCAUGCUGCUGGUCGUGUCUCUCCCUGCCUAAUCGGGAAAAAAACGAGAACAACGAUUAUACUUCGAAUAUAUAAGGUAUUUACAUUGCCCGAUCUCCCACCUAAGCGUUGAGGGUUGGUCUGUCUAUUCUCUCAUCCAUAUCGUACCACCUCAAAGAAAACACUGGCCAUCUACCUACUCUGCUACGUCGCAAAGCAUAUAUCUCUUUUGGUUCGAAGUGUCAGCUUCUCUCAUUACCUUCUCCGCGAGACUUUAUAUCCAAUCAUCAUCAUCAUCAUGCCGUCCUCACAACAGCAGACCUCGAGCACGCCGUGGCAGGACCGGUUGGCAGAGGUGUGUCGUGAAUACCAGAUCACGGCUCCUCACUUCCAAAUAGUGUCUGACCGACGAGGCGGUCGCACCGCCUGGUCCAGUAUAGUUACCGUAUACGGAAAGCGGAUCGAAGCGCGCUACUGGUAUGAUGGAAGAAACAUCACCAACGCCAGGGAGGAUGCCGCGGAGGCGGCUCUAAACUGGCUCUCGACCCAAGCGAACUUGAACUCGAACUGGUAAAGAAGCGCGCUUCCUCGGACCUAUCACCGACCCACGGUAUUCUACUCGAUAUUGUUUUUGAUUUCUGUUUGUUUGACUUAAGGUUCUUCGACCCGAACAUGCGUGACUCC